AAGUUGACCUCAAAGAAAUGGCGGCUCGGCGUAUGCGUCAGCAUCAACGGGACCUUACUCAGGUGGCAAAUUCGCGGGGCCUGUUUGGGACUUGUUGGUAACCAAAUCUGUUCCUGGCGCUAUGGAGAAGAGGAAGAAACCGUUUGAUGUGACGGCGGCUUCGUUAGUUGAUCUGAAGGCAGAACUUUAUCGGAAACAGGAAGAGUUCAAAAAGGAUAAACUUCUGAAAGAAGCUGGAGGUCUGUAUAAAGCCAAGCCAAGUAACAAGAAGCCAACUAUCUGGAGCAAACAAAAUACAGGUGUCACUGCUCGGGCUGAGAAGGAUGUUGAAGAAAGGACUGAGGAACAACAGACCCUUGAUAAAUCAAGACAGAGGUUGGAGGAAAAGGCAAAACUUUAUGACCAGAUGACCAAAGGAGAUUUACCAGAUGAAGAAACAGAAAGCAUGUAUCUGGUGGAUUUCACACAGAAGAUAUUUGACAAGCAGAAGGAGCUGCAGGCCCAAAGCGAGAAUCAGGCAUCCAAGGCAGCAAAGAGUGAACAAAACGAGGAACUAGCACCUGAUUCUGAAGUGGUACCACCUCAGAACUCUGAUGAAGAAUGGGUGGACUAUGUGGAUUCUUUAGGCCGAUCCCGAAGAUGUAUGAAAAAAGAUUUGUCGGGAUUACUCGCUAUGGAUAGAGAUUUAAGGGAAUCAAGGCAGGAGGCAGAUAAAAAGACAUUGCUCUCUGAAGACAUGAAGAGGGAACUUCAGCGGCAGCAGUGGGAAAAAGAAGAAGAGGAGGCACUGAGCAGGCCAAUUGGACCAGUGCACUAUGAGGACAUCCGUCAAAACGAGGCUCGGGAGCUGGGUGUGGGAUAUUUUGCCUUUGCUCGUGAUGAAGGCACCAGGAAGAAGCAGAUUGAAACCCUGGACAUGCUGAGAGAACAGACGAUGGAUCAGAGAACCAAACGAGAGAAGCUGAAGGAGAAGCGCAAAGCCAUGCUGAGUGCCAGAUUGGCAAAAGUUCGUGAGAGGAAGCUGAAGAAACUGAAAGCUGAUGGAAUGGAAGUUACUGAAGAGCUGCAGAAGGAAGGCACAGAUGAAGAGACCGAGGAGCAGGUGACAGGACCAGCGACUUCAGAAUUGGAUGCAAAGCAGAAUGAAGCCACAGGCCCAAAGAACAAGAAAGUGGAGAUCGUAAUACAGGAGCGGAAGGACACAAAACCUGGUGUUCCGCAUGUCCGGGAAUGGGACAGAGGAAAAGAGUUGCUGUUUGACUACUGGUCCAAGAACCACCUGGAUCCAAGAGAUGAGAGACCAGCUGAAUUUGCACCCCCUUCAGACUAUUACAGUGAAUCAAAGAGACCAAAUAAUACUGGAGGCUGGAAGAGAGGCCAGCUUGGAUCCUCCUUCAAACGGACUCCACAGUUUCCCAACGUGGAUUUGCAAAGCAAUUCAAAUCUUCAUCAGCCAGCCAGUAGCAACACUUUGGACGAUAUGCUGUCUUACUACAAGCAUUCUACCUGAACAGA